GUGUUCGGCUCGAUGAAUUAGAUGCGAAGAUCAGUGAAAAAAUCCGAAUUAGAAAGCUGCAUAUCUUCCGAUGGAAGUACCCGAGGUUGCCAGCCAAUAGCAUGAAACGGUGGCGUGACCAAUCGUACGUUGGCGGCCGAAUCAAUUCAUCACGCACGGAAUUGCUGGUGCGCGUGGUCGCCACGAGUGUUCGGCUCAUUUGUUCGGAACGGUAACGUGCGAUGUACAAAAUAGUUUCUUUUCGAAUCUACGACAUGCGCAGAGGCUAUCGAACCGAUGUCCGUGUAAUCAAACGAUCCUGUCCGGCGAUUGUUCUAGAAUUUUGAAACGAUCUUGAUUUCGCGCUGGACAACAUCCGGCGAGCGGUCGAUGCGGAAAUCGCACGACGAACCGUUGCCAUGUGUUUCAGAAAGAGCCGUAUUCCGUUCGGCGGCCAAGAUGCUCGAAUCGUGUUCCCAAUGCAAAUAAUUUUUUUGUUCGCCGAAUGAAGAUGUUGUUGGAUCUCCGUGUUGAACCGAAAACAAAUAGACGAGAAGAAGAAAUCCGCUACUCAUUCGAUCAAAUAGACGAGCGUAACCGUAACGACGAUCCUCUAUCUUCCGUAUCUAGACGGGUUUCGACCGGCCUGUUCUAUCCGUACCGUAACAAUCGCGACGGCGUCUCUUGCCCGGGUGUUGAUCGCUUACCGUAAACACGUUAAUUCACCUGCUAACACGGCCGACCGGCACGAAUCUUUCGAUACCUCAAUUUCCGAAACCACGCACGGCAAUUCGUCUUUUUGAUUUUCUCUUUCUUUGCUACACUAAACCGUAUCCAAACUGUGUUUUUCUGCUUAUCUGCUUUCUGUUGUUUUUAAAUAUGAAUGAUUUAUCUCCUUCGAUAUCAUUUUGUCAUUCUCCUUUAUCUCAUUUCGAUUCCAUUUGUCUCCUAUUUAAUACCCAACUUCAUAGACUAAAGAAUCUUCACAUUCUCUCGGUUGUAAGUUGUGACUUCAAACCUUUUCGCAAAUCCGAACGAAACAAUGUCGCGUCGCUCCGGAUCUCGCUCUCGUUCCCCCGCUCGGGACAGAAAGGUACUUUUUACUUCUUUAGUUUAUUCUUGAUUUGAUGCAUCUCUAAAGAAUCUUGUCCUAACAAAAUCCAACAAUUUUUCUACUCACAACAUGAUAUUUUCCGAUUCCUAUCGUAGAUAGACCACCGCAUCAUCAGCAUCUAAUAGAGACUUCCUCCAAGAAGAACUCCAUCGAAAACAUUAAAUGCAAUUCCGCGAAAACUCAACAUCAGCCCGCUGGCUACCGUGGACACCCAAGCAACAGCGAGGAGAUGUCCCGAACUCUCUUCGUGGCCAACAUCAGUGACGAAGCUGACGAACACGAUGUCCAGAAGCUCUUCACCGGAUUCGGAUUCGAUUUGACUGAGGUACUCGAUUUUGAUGAACAUGGGACUUUUUGCUGGAUUAGAAGGUCGUUGGGGAGAUUUUAGAUCAUGAUUGAAGGUAGAUUGGGAGAAGAUACGAAUGAUUUUGAGAUCGAGGAACAGUUGUUUUCCUACUGUCUCGAUCUAGAUAAGAGCACUAUGCUCACUUCCCGUUUGUGACAUCAAAAUCGAAUUCAAUGACAACGAACCUUGCAACAACCACACUUCACCUCAACCACACUUCACCUGAACCACACUUCACCUGAACCACACUUCACCUCAACCACACUUCACCUAAACCACACUUCACCUAAACCACACUUCACCUCAACCACACUUCACCUCAACCACACUUCACCUCAACCACACUUCACCUGAACCUCACAACCCUGACUCCCAGGUCUCCCUUCCCCGUCACGCGUCUGACCGAAACCAUCGCGGAUAUGGGUUCGUCCAUUUGGCUGACGCUAGAGACGUAAACGAUGCGGUUUCCAAGGCUAACCAACAUGACUUCUUCGGUCGCCCGCUCAAGGUCGAAGUCAAGAACGUACUUCUUGAUUCUUUUGUUGGUUUUUAGACUUUGAUGUAAAUGAAUGAAUGAAAAAUGUAAAUAUAUUUUUCUUUCUUGUUCUUUUGUACUAAUACUAGUAAUAGUUUUAGUACAACUACUGCACUUCUUUGAUUUUUACAUAUUUUUUAGCGUAGGGAUUUCGACUUACUAGUGGUUGUAGGACGAGCUGUGAUCUAUUCGUUGGUAAUUUUACAGCGAAGUGUUACACGGAGAUUUAUCUAGGGACCAUGUAUCGACCAUGCAUCCUUUAUUCCAAGAAAUGGGAUCGUAGACAAUACUGAAAAUUUCGGAUUUCCAGUGUCCAUCUCUGUAACCCUUAAGCCUUCUGCUACUCAACAUCAUCUGACUAUGGAUGUCGAUGUAGAUAAUGGAUCGAGAUUGUAGUUAAACAGGGUCUAUUCCAUUCAUGUAGAAUUUCCCAAUGACUCAUUUCCAUCUAAAUCUUCUACAGCCGCGCCCGGGACCCCCGCGCAGCAAGGGUGGCGGCAAGGGCCGACGUGACAGCCGUGGUCGUGGACGUGGUGACUCUCGAGGCCGUGGACGCGGAGGUGGUCGCCGCGACUCUCGCCGUCGUGAUUCUCGUCGCCGACGCUAAGCAGUUGACGUGGCUUAUACUUCAGGAUAAAGAUAGAGGAGUUGUCAUCAGAGGAGUUGUCAUCUCCACCGGUGCGCGUCUUCUUCUUAGGACUGGUCUAACAGGCACAGUACUUCUUCGCUAGUUGGGGCACACUGCCAUGAUUGGUGUUGGAAGAAGAGGAACGUUGGAGAUGGCAGAACAAUAACGAGGAAGACAUUUCAUUGAAGAAACCUAUUGCGAUGGGGGUGGGUUUUUCGCAUCUGCAUUAUUACUUUGAAAAAAUGAAGAUUUUAGAUUUAGAACAUAGAUGAACACAUAUCAACGCCUUAUGAUGUACACACAAUGAUGGUUUGAUAACGAAUCUCCUCCUCGCCGCAUGUCACAUCAUACAACUUUCAUUUUCUAUUGGAAGAUAUAAGAAUGACCCGCAGCUCGUUGGAAUCGGAAAAAAGAGGAGAUCGACUUACAUGAUGUAUACACUUCUACUGAUGUUGUUGAUGUGAGAUAGACCAAUUCUUUCUAGAAAACUUUUAGCCGAAAUUGAUGAUUAAGAUUAUGAUUCUUCCUGUGCCGCAGGAGAUCCAGAAUCUAGCAUGCAGUACUACCUGACUUUGAUCAAGAUUGAAAGAUCAAGAAAGAGCUGCGGCUUCGAGUAUGAUGUAGAAAAAGCUCGCCGUGAUAGAUCUUGAGCUCAGCAAGAGCCGGAUUCAGCGCCGGGAUGCGAUUAUUGCGACUCCGUAGGACCGUGUCGAGGCUCCCGCUAAUGUUUUUACUUGAAGUGGAAAGACCAAAGAGGAGAGCACUAUAUAGUCCGUAUUGAGUGGCAGGACCAAUGGUAGAGCAAAAA